CAGCCGUCGACAAGAAUCUUUUUUCAUCAUCAGCCCGGCUAUCUCUUCAUGGAACUUGGAACGAGGGGAACAGAUCGCAUUUAGGUUUGGUUGGGGUUUCUUUGAUGAUGUGCGUGAGAGAGAUGUGGACGCAUGUGGAGUGAGAUUAUUGUAUAAAAAAAAAUUAGUUAAUAAGCGAGAUAGUGGAGUGUAGCCAGUUGGAUUUAUUUAAUCGGUGGGUACGAAAAGUGCUUUCCCUUCCCUGGAUGUGCUAGUGCCUGCAUUGGAAAUGGGGUGUGUAUCAUCGGUGUUUCAGUACGGAUCCUACACUGUGGAUGAAAGUAAGCUAGAAGCUGCACCGGAAGUGAAAGAGGAGACCGAGACAGCUACCGGUGACAUUCCAUCCACACAAGAAUUGCCCAGCAAAACUGCAGAAAAUAAUGAAAUACCAAUUAAAGUGGAAAAUGUUAAACUGGAAGAAACAGAAAAUUCGAAUGAUAAGACAGUUGAACCAACUGUGACAGAAUUUGAGCGUAUUAAAGAAACAAAGAUCGAGAAAGAAAAAACUAUCAAAGAGACAGGAGAAACAACAGAGAAAACCGUUUUCACGGAAGUGAGUGAAAGCGUGCGAGUCGAGGAAGCUAAAGGUCCUAUAGCUGAUCCCACAAAGAAGGAAAAAAGCAAAUCCAUCUUCCCGUCCUUUUCUAGUAAGGACUCUCUUAGUUUUAUGUCCGAAACUUCUAGUUCGAGGCCAACAUCAACAGUGAGUCAGACUUCAUCCGAAGUUUACCAUCCAAUUACUAAAGAAGAGAAACAAACGCAGUCCUUUCCAUCAAAACCUGAUUUAUUCGGUCCUUUUGUGAAGUCUGAAGGAAGUUCUGCAGAGAAAAAAGGCUCUCUCAUUUCCGGCUUCACAUCGUCCAUUACUAAAUCUGCUAAAGACAUUCAGUCAAAAGCAGAAAGCGCGGUGGCGGAUGCCAGUGCUGAAGUUCAAAACAAAGCACAAGAAUUAGAAAAGAAUGCUCUUGAAGCACAGAAUAAAGUCGAAGAAAAUGUUACCAAUCUGAAAAAUCAAGCCGAAACCAAAGCUCAGGAAACGGAAGCAGCUUUACUUAAAGCCAAAGAAGAUGCCGAGAAGAAAGCUGAAGAAACGGUGACUGAAGUGCAGUCUAAAGCUCAAGAUAUAGUUAACAAAACUAGCGCAGAGAUUCAGUCAAAAACGAAUGAAAUAAAAGCCGGAAUCGAUUCAGCCCAGUCCAAAGUUCAGAAGUCAGCAUUUUCAGCACAGUCAUAUCUUCAGAACAAAACUCAAGAAGCAGAAUCAAAAAUAAAGGAAACUCAGUCUCAAGCAGAAAAAGCAGCUUCCGACACUAGUGCUUUACUGCAAAGUAAGGCAAAGGAAGCAGAAAACAAAGUUCAGGAUUUCCAGUCGAAAGCACAAUCGCAGAUUCAGUCCAAUAUUAAAAAUGUAGAAUCAACAGCUCUAGAUUUAAAGUCUAAAACAGAAAAGGGCAUCUCUGAUGCUAAUGCUCGUUUGCAGUCAGGUGUGAAGGAUGUUCAAACCAAGGCUGAAGAAGCUAAAUCGGAAGCCCUCAGCCAACUUGAAGCAAAGAAACGAGAAGCUGAAGCAAAGGCAAAAGAGCUCCAAAACAAAGCUGAAAAGGCUGCUUCAGAUGCAGCGGCUCAACUUGAAGCUAAGAAAAAAGAGGCCGAAGCUGCAGCUCUUGAGGCACAGUCAAAAGCAGAGAAGGCUGCUUCAGAUGCAGCAGCCCAGCUUGAAGCUAAGAAGAAAGAAGCUGAAGCUGCAGCUCUUGAGGCAAAAUCAAAAGCAGAGAAGGCUGCUUCAGAUGCAGCGGCUCAGCUUGAAGCUAAGAAGAAAGAAGCCGAAGCUGCAGCUCAGGAUAUGCAUUCCAAAGCAGAGAAAGCUGUAACCGAUCUUCAAUCGAAAGGGAAAGAGACAAUAACUUUGAUAAGUAGUGGAAUUGAUGCAAAGAAGAAAGAAGCGGAGAACAAAGCUCAGGAACUUCAAAACAAGGCUCAGAGCGAGCUCGAUGCUAAAGUGCGAGAAGCGGAAUCUGCCGUUAAAAAUGUUCAAUCAAAAGCUGAAAGUGCCGUAUCUACAGCAACUAUCCAGUUACAAAAGAAGACUGAAGAAGCUGAAGCUAAAGCUCGGGAAUUCCAAACCAAAGCAGAAGACGCUGUCUCCUCAGCUGCUGCCCAAGCAGAAGCUAAAGCUAAAGAAGCCGAAGAAAAAGCUACCAGUUUAGCAUCCAACGUUGAAUCGCAGCUGAAAUCUCAAGUUCAAGACGUAGAAUCAAAGAUUCAAGCUUCAGCCAAAGAUGCUGAAGCUAAGAUGCAGGAUGCAAAAAAUAAAGCCGAAGGUUUCGUGUCCAGUGCAACCGUUGAACUGCAGGCAAAACGUUCUGAAGUCGAAGAAGGAAUCCGAAAGGCUACAGAUGAAAAAGAGAAAGAAUUCCAAGCCAAAGGUCAAGAUUCAUUUCAAAAUAUGCAAAAGAUGGCCCUUGGAGCUUUGACGGGUGCUAAGGGCGUUGCUGGUUUACCUACAGAUUUGCUUUCGGGAGUCCAAGAGAAGUCACAGGAGGUUUUAUCUACAGUUCAGGAGGUUCCAAAGAAAAUUCAGGACAGCAUAUAUGAAGUCCAGACCAAGGCUGGAGAUAUGGUAUCUGAAUUAAAACAGAUACCUACCGCUGCACUGGGAGCGCUUUCACAAGUGCAGACAUCAGUAGUAGAUACAGCCACCAAAAGUGUCGAAGGAAUUCAAACACAAGCACAAGAAUCCGCACUAAAGGUUCUUGAUGAUGGCUCAGCCAACAUAAAUGAGGCAGUAGUCAAAAUCCAGGCUGGCGUCCGUGGCUAUUUAACAAGGAAAUCUCUCAAAGAAAAGAAAGAAAAGACUGAUGACGAGCCUGAAAGUAAUAACCUCCUCGUCGAUUUGGGUCCUGCCGAAAAGAGCCUCCUGGACGAACCUCUUCUGCCCACUGACUCGAGUCUGGACGACCUGCUGAAGCAAGGCGUGGACAUCCAGAACUCUCAGCUGACGGAAGAGGAGCUGUCCUGGCUGCAAGAAGGGGCUGAUGUGAAGGAGACCGACGAGGAGCAGGCCGCCACCAAAAUUCAAGCUGCCUUCCGGGGCUACAUGGUCCGGAAGGAUCAUACGAGCAAGUAGUUGCUUCCAUCACUGCUUCUUCUUGUCCACCUGUGAUCAACAAUCCUGUGUUUCUUCUCUUCAGUGCACGGAUAAAUCAUAGAAGCGCAGAAUGCUGUUUUGUAAUAAAAAUGAAUGCUUUUCAAUCUUGAAUGUAAAUAAAAUAUGCUUAUUAAAUACGAAA